CAUUUAGAAAUCUCGGAUCAAAAGCUUAGAGCGCCGCUGUGAGAUUUCUUCGAGAAAGGGAGAAAGGGAGAGAGGGAGAGGGAGCAAAGAUGGGACACUCCAACGUUUGGAACUCGCACCCCAAGAACUACGGCCCUGGAUCUCGCGCUUGCCGAGUUUGUGGCAAUCCUCAUGCGAUCAUCCGCAAAUAUGGGCUUAUGUGCUGCAGACAAUGCUUCCGCAGCAACGCCAAGGAAAUUGGCUUUAUUAAGUACCGUUGAAUGACCCUUCGCCUCCAAGGGAUGUCUGCUUGGCUGAACUCCGAACGAGAAAUAGAGGGCUUAUUUCUUAGUUUAAUUUUUUUUGCUCCUGGUUUUAUUCUGUUUAACGGACCAUAUAAUCUAAUCUAUCAGAGACCGUCGGACCUUCGACUUUCGGUUUGUUACAUAAUGAACCGGAUGUAUUCAAGCCUUUAAGAAUCUAGUUGCAGUCAUUUGCGGUAUGUUUAUUACAGUUAAGGUUGCAUAGUAGUAGUCGAAUUUUGUGCGCGGUAUUUUUCUGCUGGCUUUCUGAUAUGCUUAUGUUUCUGGCCAUCUGUUGUUUUUA